CGUGCCAAUAGGAGAUGCUGGCGUUGUGGCCUUGCUCAUCAGGCUAUCCACUGUGGUCUAAAGAAACCAUGUCCGCUUUGUCAGAGAAAGCAUCUGCGAAUCCUCCAUGAGGUAAACGAGAGGCCUGUCAUAAAGGUAUCCAAAACAGAGGCUUGCCUAGUCAGCUCAGCGACACAAAUGUUGUACCUGAACAAACCAGUCAGCAGUAAUAAGGUUUUACUCAAAAUUGUCAGAGUGCUCUUACACCAUGGCAACUGCACACUGGACACAUUCGCAAUCCUUGAUGAUGGUUCUGAGCGUACGAUGCUCCUGCCAGAGGCAGCACAGAAGCUUGGCUUAAGAGGGACACAAGAAAGCUUAGCUCUGAGAACCAUCCGUCAUGAUGUGCAAACCCUUGAUGGAGCUUCAGUCUCAUUCUCCAUUUCUCCAUACUCCAAUCCGAAGAAGCGAUAUCUCAUAUCCAGAGCCUUUACUGCCCCACAGCUUGACCUCGUUGAUCAUUCUUACCCCAUUCCAAAGCUGCAGAAGCAAUACAAACACUUGGUUGGACUACCACUGCAGUGUUUUGAAAGGGCGAAACCUCUUGUCCUUGUUGGUGCAGAUCAAACACACAUAAUCUCACCAAUUGAGCCAGUAAGACUUGGUCCACCUGGGGGUCCAGCUGCAAUAAGAACCAAAUUAGGAUGGACACUCCAGGGCCCUACCAGCCUGUUGGAGCAGAAACUUGAGCCAAAACAGUGUCUCCACAUAUCCAUUCCUCUCAGCACUACAGAACUGUUCAAGAAUGUUGAAAAGCUGUGGCAAGUUGAUGUUUUGCCAUUUCAGAAGGAAAGAGAGUACACAAGAUCCAAGCAGGACCAAAGGGCCAUUGAGUUACUGGAAAGCAAGACAGUUCGUGUAGAGGUGGAUGGAAUACGUCGCUAUGCAACACCCUUGUUGCGUAAGUGUGACAUGCCAUAUCUUCAUGCUACUAUGGAAGCUGUCAUGCCACGUCUACGAAGUACUGAGAGGAAACUUGCCAAAAACCCGCCACAAGCUGAAGCUUAUUCCUUAGAGAUCCAGAAAUUGGUUCAGUCCGGAGCCAUCAGAAAGCUCCUUCCAGAAGAAAUGGAAAGUGAUGGUGAAUCCUGGUUCAUCCCACACCAUAUGGUGUGCCACAAUGGGAAAAAUCGUGUGGUGUUUGAUUGCUCCUUUCAGUUCAGUGGCCUCAGUUUAAAUGAUUCACUCCUCGCUGGCCCCACCUUGGGUUCAUCACUUCUUGGGGUCUUGCUCAGAUUCCGUGAACAUGCAGUGGCCAUCAGUGCAGACAUCCGGGGCAUGUUUCAUCAGGUCCGCCUUCUUCCAGAAGAUAGACCACUUCUUCGGUUUGUCUGGCGUGACUCAAAGGAAAAAGGUCCACCUGAUGUCUUUGAAUGGCAGGUUCUGCCAUUUGGCACAACAUGCAGCCCCUGUUGUGCUACGUUCGCUUUACAACAGCACGUGAGAGAACAUAGCCAACCUAACGAAGAUGUGAGGUUCUCAAUCGAACGGUGCUUUUACGUUGACAAUUGCUUGCAGAGUUUGUCAUCACCAGAGGAGGCUAAGCAAUUAGUUGACAAGUUGAGGGAUCUGUUAGCUGAAGGAGGCUUCGAGUUGAGACAAUGGGCCAGCAAUGUGCCAUCUGUCAUUCACCAUCUUCCACGUGAAGCCAGAUCGGAUGGUCUGGAACUCUGGCUAGCUCAUGAAAGGACAGAUGUCCAGGAGUCCACGUUGGGUCUUAGCUGGAAUUGCCCUGUAGAUGUACUGACUUACCGUCACCGUCCCAUAAACCAUGGCGCUCCCACAAUGAGGAUUAUUUAUAAAGUUUUAGCAAGUCAGUACGACCCCUUGGGAUAUAUCCUUCCAUUUACUACCAGGGCUAAAGUUCUGGUCCAACAACUUUGGAGCAAGCAGCACAGCUGGGAUGACACCCAACUUCCCCAGACUUUAGUCCAGAGCUGGAACGAAUGGGAAGGUGAACUUCAGUUUCUUCACAAGAUCAGUUUCCCAAGGGCAUAUGUACCAACUUCAGUAGAUCAGACCAGAUCUGUUACAGACCUUCAUGUGUUUAGUGAUGCCUCAGAGAGUUCAUAUGGAGCAGUCACUUACCUGCGCACCGAAGAUCAGCUUGGUAAGAUCCAUUUGUCAUUCAUACUGGCACGUUCUAGGGUAGCGCCAAAAAGAGUCCUGUCAAUGCCUCGUUUGGAGCUCUGUGCUGCUGUAAUCGGUGCUCAGUUGGCAAACCUGUUGGAGAAAGAGUUAACUUUGCCACUUCGCCACACAGUCCUUUGGACAGACUCCACCACUGUGCUGUCCUGGAUUCAAUCAGAGUCCUGCCAUUUUAAAGUCUUCGUUGGGACAAGAGUGGCAGAAAUCCACGAGCUCACCAACUUCACUGCCUGGCGAUAUGUGAAUUCAAGUCAGAAUCCUGCAGAUGACCUCACAAGGGGAAAGACUCUGAAAGAACUUGCCAAGCCUAACAGAUGGAGCCAAGGGCCCCCAUUCCUGCUCCUUCCACCUGAAAGCUGGCCCACAAACCCUACAGAGCGCCCUGAGAUUGACAAAUCUGAGCUUAAGAAAUCUGCAUUCUGUGGAGUCGUAGCUGUAGAGGAACCAACUGGAAAUAAGUACAGGACAUGGGCAGAAUUAGUAAAGGCUACUGCACAGGAGCUACAUGGGGCGGCUGGACAGUCAGGAGAACCUACAGCAAGCAUGUAUCAAGCAGCAGAGACAUGCAUCCUCCAGAAGGUGCAAAAUGAGAGUUUUCCGGAGGAAUUACAACGACUGAAAGCAGGCAAGGCUCUUCAACAUAAUAGCCGCUUACUCACCCUAGCUGCAGAGUAUGACCCGUUUACCAAUCUAAUACGGGUUGGUGGUAGGCUAAGACGUGCUGAAACAUUAGAUCCUGCCCUUAAACAUCCCAUUGUCUUAGAAUCUAGACAUCCAGCUGUGAAGUUACUCCUCCAGGAUUAUGAUGAAAGACUCUGUCAUCCAGGCCCUGAUCGGGUAUUUGCAGAAAUAAGACGACAAUUCUGGGUCCUAAGAGGAAGAGCAGCUAUCCGCAGCUUACAACAUGCCUGUAUAAAAUGCCAACGUCUGAGAGCCAAACCUACAAUUCCCAAAAUGGCAGACCUUCCUUUAGCACGCUUGCGUCUCCACAAGCCAGCCUUUCAUUCAACUGGGAUGGAUUGCUUUGGUCCCUUUCUUGUAAAGAUUGGUCGACGAGUAGAAAAGAGGUGGGGAAUCCUCUACAAAUGUCUUACCACCCGGGCUGUACACAUAGACCUUCUGUACAGUUUGGACACUGAUUCCUUUCUGAUGUCACUUCGGAGGUUUAUUGCACGUAGAGGCUCCCCAGUAGAAUUACUGUCAGACCAAGGAACAAAUUUCCGAGGUGGGGAAAGGGAACUCUGGGAAGCAUUUCAGAGUAUGUCACCUGAGCUUCAGCAAAGACUUGCACCAUUGAAGAUUGCAUUCCAUUUCAAUCCUCCUGCAGCACCACACUUUGGGGGAGUUUGGGAGAGGGAGAUAAAAUCCAUUAAAUUGGCACUAUCUGCGACCAUUGGAGCACAAACUGUCUCAGAAGAAGUACUCAGGACUGUGUUAGUUGAAGUGGAGAACAUCCUUAAUUCAAAACCCCUUGGGUAUGUAUCUUCUAAUGUGGCUGAUCCUGAUCCGGUAACGCCCAACCUUCUUCUCAUGGGGCGGCUAGAUAACUCCCUGCCUGCGGUCAUAUACCCUAAAGAAGAAGGCUUAAGUCGUCGUCGGUGGAGGCACUCCCAGGUGCUUGCUGACCACUUCUGGUCCUCCUUUAUCCGCCAUUACCUUCCGAACCUGCAGGUCAGACAGAAAUGGCACCGCACCUACCCUAAUAUAACCACGGGCACGAUAGUCAUGAUAGUGGAUCCUCAACAGUCCAGAGCACAUUGGCCUAUUGGAAGAGUUGUUCAAGUGCACCCCAGCCAAGACUCGCAAGUGAGAUCAGUGGACAUACAAGUUCAAGGGAAGGUUUAUACUAGACCCGUGGCUCGACUGGUGGCAUUACCCCCCAUCCCAGAAGAUAUGGAAGAGCCCGACACACCCCCUGCAGCAUUGGUAACUAACACGCAACCAUCUUGAAUUUCAAAUUGAACACAAUUUGGGGGCGGCUGUACAAACUGGUUUGCGUGUGUUGCCCCUUUAAGACGUUGCCCCUUUAAGACAUUGCCGCUUUAAGACUCGUUGCCCGUUUAAUUGAUGACGCAAAGUGUUCCUGUGAGGAAGAAAUGCGAGCUGAUCCAAGUUGGAGUGUUAUAUGUGUGCGUGCAUCCUAUAAAACCACACACAAACAUACUCCAGUAAAGAUAUGGAAAGAAAUAACAGUGGUUGACUGAGUUCCUGGGUUCUGAUAGGCCCAUCCAGGGCGAGUGUUGCUUAUCCUUCAGUCCUUAAGAGAUAAAGUCAAAUUACCAAUUCCAAA